AACGGGGUUUACGCCCUGCCGAGCGCGGCCAACGGAGAAGUGAAGCCUGUAGUGUCCAGCACGCCUCUGGUGGACUUCUUGAUGCAGCUGGAGGAUUACACACCUACGAUUCCAGAUGCAGUGACUGGUUAUUACCUGAACCGUGCUGGCUUUGAAGCUUCAGACCCACGCAUAAUUCGGCUCAUCUCACUUGCUGCCCAGAAAUUCAUCUCAGAUAUUGCCAACGAUGCCCUACAGCACUGCAAAAUGAAGGGUACAGCCUCUGGCAGCUCCCGGAGCAAGAGCAAGGACCGCAAGUACACCCUAACCAUGGAGGACUUGACCCCUGCCCUCAGUGAAUAUGGUAUCAAUGUGAAGAAGCCGCACUACUUCACCUGAGCCACCUAACCCAGAUGUAUUUGUCUUUCCCUCUGUCCCCACACCAGCCUGUUUUCAUAAUAAACUUUAUUGUGACAGGCAGG